GCUUUAUAAUAAAAUAAAAGCUUUUAACAAGAAGUUGUGUCAAUUUCCCUAUCUGUCAAAUAUGAAGUGUCUUGAGGAAAAAAUCAUUUUGCUAACAUAAAUUGUGCAAAUUAGACUUCUUUCAACUUAAGAAUACAUUUAAUGCAAGUAUUUCAAAAUGUCAGAAGCAACAACUAUCCCUGACAAUGAACCAAAAAUUAAAAUCGAACCAACAGAAAGUUCAAUUGAAGACAUUAAAAAUGAAAUAAAGGAAGAGCCUGAAUCGUGUUUAGAAAAUGAGGCAACAUGUUUGAAGCGCUUCAUGAAUUCUGUAGUAGAGAUAGAAGAAGAGGUCAAGCAGGAAUUAAUUCAGGCUCCUUGUGAUGCAAGUGCUUUAGAAAUACAUGUAACAGUUCAUACUGAUGAGAAACCUUUUGUAUGCACAAUAUGCAAUAUAGGAUUCACUAUGAAAAAUCAUUUAGAUCAACACGUUUGUGCUCAAGCCGAGGAACAAACUUCAAACUUCAAUGAAUCUGAUAAUGCAAAACAAAAUAUUCCUGCUAAUACUGCAGAAGGUCUUCAUAAAUGUGAAGUAUGUAAUAAGGCAUUCCAAUAUCAAUGCAGCUUGAAAAACCACAUGCUUAUUCACAGUGGGACUAGCCCCCAUAAAUGUGAUCUAUGUGAUAAGAUAUUCACACAAUCGAGUCAUUUAAAACAACACAUGCGCGUUCACAAUGGGGAGCGCCCAUAUAAAUGUGAAAAAUGCCAUAAGACAUUCACACUAUUGAGUAACAUGAAAGAUCAUAUGAACGUCCACAGUCAAAAACGCUCCUACAAAUGUAACAUAUGUGAUAAAACAUUCAUUCAUUCGAGAAGCUUGAAAAAACAUACACUCGCUCACAGUGGAGAUCGCCCCCAUAUUUGCAAACUUUGUAAUCAAAGAUUCACACAAUCGAGUAGCUUAAAAACACAUAUGCAAAUUCACAGUGGGGAGCGCCCUCAUAAUUGUGUAAUAUGCAAUAAGACAUUCACGCGAUUGGAUACUUUAAAAAAACAUAUGCUCGUUCACAAUGAAGAACGUUCUUUUAAAUGUGAAUUAUGUGAUAAGGCAUUUAAGGAAUUGAAUACCUUGAAAGAACAUAUGCUUAUUCACAGGGGGGAUUGUCCUCAUAAGUGUAAAAUUUGCUUUAAUGCAUUCACAAGAGCGAGUCACCUGAAAAGGCAUAUGCUUAUUCACACUGGACAUCGUCCUCAUUGUUGUGAAAUAUGCAAUAAGAGUUUCACACAAAUAAAUACUUUGAAAAGGCACAUGCUUGUCCAUACUAGAAAGCAAUAAUAAAUAUAUUAAUUAUUAUGAAUUAUACUAUAAUAAGGGAUAAACACAAGUAAUGUAAAAUAUGCUAU